GAGGCCAGUCAUUCUUUCGAAAAUUGUCGCAGCGAGCAGUGCUCUUGAAAAGUCAUAAAAAGUAAAAAUUAAAUUCCUCUCAUUGAGUCGUUGUGUUCCGUGUCGAGCAGAGUACUUUGAUUUUCGCAGUCAGCACGCCGCGUGUGCCGUUCUCGUUUAGAUCCACAUACCAAAGUCCAGGUCCCGUUUCAACCAAGAACACCAAUCCAUCACCCAUUCGAUUCCAAUACGGUUUUCCCAUAAAGUUUGCACAAUCGAAUCUUGACAAAAUGGUUACCGACGCCCAGGACACCGUUGCACCCAAGACCAGCAGCACCAAGGAGGUGCAGUGCCAGCACACCGGCGCCCUGGAUGAGCCCCAGGUCGAGGAGCUGGCUCUUCCGGGCCCCGCACCCUUGGCCACGCCCAAGAGCGGCCGCGUUGGCAUCUUCAAUGCCGAGGACUUCUUGUCCCGCGCCCAGUUGAACGACAAGAUCAACAACAUCUUGCGCUCGCCCACCAAGGCUCCAAAUGGUGUGCGCCAGCGUUCCGUUUUCACCAACAACAACCCAUCGCCGCAAGCCACCAUGCGCUUUGUGUCGUCGAUGAACAGCCCAUUGGCUACACGUAUGAGCAGCCUUUCGCUGACUGGCGGAGUGAAGCGCGGCUUGGAGCGCGGCAACAGCAGCAGCAGCAGCAUGGGAAACAGCGCCAGCGUGGGCACCAGCACCUCCGUCCUGGCCAAGGAGUGCUCCAGCCAGACAAACAGCUGCGGCCGCAGCUACAUGAAUAUGGGCAUGCACGCUGCUCCCCACUCGGGCUUCGGAGUCGUGCCGCAGUCUGGUGCCGGCUACGAGGCCGUGGGCUGGAACAUGGAUGCCGGCAACAUAACGCGCAGCGGCAAGAGUCUCACUGGACGCUUCAACUCUGGCUAUGGCUAUGAGGUGGACGGAGCCUACUGCAUGCCACAGGCACAUCACACCCAGCAGUUCCCAUCGCCAAUGCCACCACCACCUUUUGCUAUGGAUCGCGUCAGCUCGCGCACUUUUGAGUUCGAGAACAACACCCCACCACCGUGUCCAGGAUCUGGACCCAUUGCCAUGUCCAAUGGCACCAUCCAGUUGCGCCUGCGCGACGGCGUUCGCAUUGACAUGACCCUGGACAAAGCUGUCCGCGUGCUGAACCAGCGCAGCAUGGUGGCCGCCGCCCUAUCGCGCAACUGCAGCAACUCUGCCCUAAUCCAUCCCAAUGGGCGCAUCUUGCAGAGCGGCUCCAAGGUGGAGAUCGUCACCUACGACGGAAUGAAGGCCAACAACUUUGUUCGCUAUGCCAAAAUGUGGUACAAGGGCGUUAGCUUCACCAGCGAGUCCUGUGCCCUCAUCUAUCUGGUGGACACAGCUGGCACUCGCACCACCACCGACACCUUCACCGACCUGACCAAGGACUACACCUUGGCGGUGUUCUAUGACGAUUCGCGCCACGGCCCAUCCUUUGUGUCCGAUGCCCACGACGUAAUCGCCAACUCCACCUACAAUUGCGCCGAGGACGGCACCGAGGUGUACGACAUUAAUGGAUUCCGCAUCACCCAGGCGGCCGACGGCCUGGUCAAGGUCAGCCGCCAGCACAGCAAGUGCCUGAUUCGCACCAGUCCGGGCAAUGGAUCCGCCACCCUGACCACCACCGGCAUCCACUGCACGGCUUCGUUGGGCAAGACCUCGCAUCUGUUCGUCCGUCGUAAUGAGAAACGCAUGCACUUCGACGGAUCCUGUUUCAUUGUACGCAAUGCUGGCCACUCGGCCGGAUUCAAUGAAAACAACCUGCUCAUUGUCUACUAAGUACCGCUCGCACCAUGGGAUGUGCACCGCGUUGGGUGGCCAUCCAAAUGCCACCUAUAGCCACCCAGCGGGGUCAAUCGAAAAUCACCCAUUAUAGCACCACCAUCACACACAUCACAGAAAACACACACACGCAAACCGACUCAAGCGUCGAUAUAGUGACCCCCCAAAAAAAAGAAAAAAACUAAAGAAAACAACAUUGGAAAACUGGGGCCUCGGCGUGGAGAGGGAUCAGAUCAUUUAAGAAAACCUGGUCUUCUAAACAAAAAAAAAAUUAUAAAUGUACAACUGCAUUUAAGAUGAGACAGCUCGCAAAAAAAAAGCGCGAGCAACGAAAACUGGCUAUCCUGAUCCUUGACGGAUUGCUUUUCGAUUGCUCGACGUAGGCGCAACGCAAGCACUAGGGAAUUAGUUUUGGAUAAUCACACUACAUUCUCUCUAUCCCUCGAUAUCCUUGUUUUUAUACGCAUACCGUUAUUUAGUACAGGCAAAUCAGGUGGAAUAGGCCCUAGUAAUCCACCUGUUGCCUGAAACGCUGGCCAAGACAAUGCUAUUUCGAUCGGGGCCAGCGUUUAGUGUUAUAAAAAGAACGAAUUUGUUUCGCGUUUCGCUUUUUUUCGGCUCUCACAGUAUACCAAAAUUAGUUCCUAACGAAUUUCCAAACGUUCUACACGUACUGGAAAUGCAACAAAUUCAGCAAGAUUGAAAAUUGAAAGUUGCAAAAUUUCCACAAAGAAAAAAAUGAUACAAAAAUGGAUAUAUAUCAAAAUUGGCCUCUGAAUGGAGAGUUAGCUAACCAACGACGGCUGCUUUUGGCCAACGUAACACUAGUGACAAUUCAGUUAGUUCUAAGUUACCAGUUAAGAUUAGUUAAGUUACUACAAUCCAACCAUGUUCAUCCGUACACUUACUCUACACACACUCUACACGCGGUCAACAGCGCACACGUUGCGUAAAAUGUAAAAUGAGUGGACUUAGUGCUUAAAUUUCCAAGUGUAGUCGGAAUAGUACCACUACUACACUCGUGUAACACACACACACAUUUGACGACAGUGCAAAGUGAGAAAUAAUUGUGACUCAAAUGGAAUACAUUUAAUUAGCUUACGAAACAAUCGCUCUCAUCUGAGAAAGACAGUCGUUUUUAAGAACCAAGUUAAAACACGAGCACAUACAAAUACCAUUCUUUAAAAAACAAAAGUGAAACGCCUUGCAAUUAUACCUGUGUAGCCUUACAACAACAAUCUCCAAAACUCUAAAUUUAAUCAUCAUGUAUAUCGAAAUUAAUGUGCACAAAAAUCGAUGUCAAAAAGUAAUACUUGGAAAGUCCUGAAUAAAGUAAAUUCUAUCUGCGCUACUGUAAAA